UAUGUUCUACGUUACGGCCAAUCUUUAAGGAGAAACGCCAUGCAAUGACAUUUUACCAUUUUCGCCAUGUUUUCACAGGCAAAGAAUGCCGAGAACUAGCAGAUGACGAAUUAGAGUAUGCCAGGCUUUUAGCGUUGCACAGUUGUUAAACUUUGGGGCUGCACGAAAGUUUAGAGACAAGCAAUUUCUCUGUUCGUAUUAUUUACGGACCCGAACUUUUGUUUGGAAUCGGUUCGAAAUUAUUACCGCGAGGUAGCAAAUAGAGGCGCAAUUUCAUUCAUAUAAACGAUCUUUUUCAGUGAAGUAGCAACAAUGCAUUUUAAUACGUAAAAUUUCAAUUCGGAUGGGAAAGGAUAUCUUUAUGCAGUUAGACUUCUUUCUAAACUUGUUGCAAACAACUCAACAAGUUUCUUGGAGCUUAACUGCAAGACCUAUCUUUUGUUCUAUGCUGAGACCAACAUGGGCAAUGGAAUUCGAACAUCUAUAUAUUUUUUGGGCCUCAUUUAUUGUUUUAUUGGAUUGUCUGCCGUAACUGGUUGUUUUUUUCGUUCAAUGGCGAAAGUUGUGCAACAGACCCGGAAGAUUGUUAUUUUGGAUCCUGACACUGGGGCUGAAGUGGUCACAAGAGAAAGGAUAUGGAAUUAUACAUUGGCGGAUAUCUCUUUGCUAGCAUUUGGCACAAGCUUUCCACAAAUAUCACUUUCUAUCAUUGAUGCCUUUCAAAACCUUGGUCAACUUUAUGCUGGAGGUUUGGGACCUGCAACACUUGUUGGUUCUGCUGCAUUUGACUUGUACCCUAUUCAUGCUGUUUUUGUGCUUGUUCCAAAAGCAGGCACGGUGAAAAAAAUCUCAGAUUUAGGAGUAUGGUUGGUAGAGCUUGUGUGGUCUUUUUGGGCAUAUAUUUGGCUUUAUAUAAUAGUACAGGUGUGGACUCCAAAUGUGGUGACUAUUUGGGAAGCAGUAUUGACUGUAUUGCAGUUUGGUAUGCUCUUGUUGCAUGCAUAUGCACAAGAUAAAGGGUGGCAUUAUUUCUCAAUUCCAUUGCCAAGAGAAGAUAGGCCAGAAGACUGGGUGCCAGCGGAGACUAAAUACAGUAGCUUACAGGGAGGAAGUCAUGAAGAUUCUUCUGAUUCUCCAUCUGAAUUUGCACCCCAGAAUCGUAGUGUUGAUAUCUUUUCAAUUCAUUCUAAUGAACAACCUGCAAUUCAGCAAACCUCUUUGUUGGCAUAGGGGUGCCAUGGUUGAUUGGUACCAUAUAUAAUCGAGUUGCUCUUGGAGAAGCAUUACUUGUUCAUAGUGAGGGACUAAGUUUUUCCCUUGUCAUUUUCUUCAUCACAUUUGUUCUAUGCAUGCUUGCUUUAGUUUUAAGGCGUUAUAUAUUUGGUGGUGAACUUGGAGGACCAAGGUUAUGGGCUUGGAUAACAUGUUUCUACCUCAUGUUUCUAUGGAUCGCUUUUGUUGUGCUAUCUUCUCUCAAAGUUUCUCAUAUAAUAUAAGACUAGAUUCCUUUGAAGAAGAGGGGAUCAUAGUGAUAUAUAUUUAUUAA